CACUUUACAUUGCAGUACCAUAGCGUCCUAAAUGACAGUGAGGCAUUUUCAUGUUGUCAAACUCACAGUGGGUGUGUGGGAUUUAAAGUGAUUUACAAAAUAUAGACGAGGAAAUAUGUCGGAGUUAACGAAGAAAACAGACGAGGAUGUAAUUGAGAAACCACUUCCCCCUAACUGGAUUUUACAGCAUCCAAUGUACCAGCAUCUGAUAAACCUAGAUGUUGGAGACAGUGCUCAAGUGCAUGCAGCUUUCUUGGUGUACCUGGAUCUUGCUGAAGUGCGUCAAUGGAAGGAGGUGAGUGGAGUGGGGUGCUCUGAGCUGCGACUGGUGUUGCUGGAGGGACGGGAGAAGGAGGGAGAGCCCGCUCAGACGGUGCUCCCACUACCUGUACACAGAGGCCUGAGCCACAGAAGUGUGCGGUCAGUGCUGGCCAGAGGCUCACCCAUGCUGCUGUGUGUGGUGGCGUCUGACUCCAGCCUGGUCUACCAGAGGAUGUGUGACGGCCUGCUGACCCCUGACCCCCCCGUGGGCAUCCAGGACCAGGGCCGCCGGCAGCACCGCAAAAGACGCCAGCAACAUUGAACCGCAGAAGAACCACAGUGAACGUUAGUAGACCACUAUGGUCUGAACUCUGCAGUGACCAGGAGACAACCACAGACUGAAUGGCAGGCUGUUGUGGUCUCGUAAUGAUGAACCAAAGUGCACCCGGGAUACUAUUUAUUUAGAAUUUGCCAGUGUCUUCCUACCUUAAAAUUGGCAGGGCGUGCCUAUCUUCGUUGCUCCCUUCCCGAACUGUUUUUGGGAACCUGGGCAUAGUGACUUUCAUAAGGCUCAACAGCUAGCCUACAUUAAGUAUGACAGACACUGAGAGACUGCGUAAAGAGAAAUGACAAAUAUUACGAUGGCUGUAACUACCUUUACAAGGUGCUACAGUCUCUGUGGGCCAGAGGGUUUGUGUUAUAGCUUCUCGGACAAUUGACAGACAAUCGAUCAUCAGACACUGGUUUGCAAUUGGACAUAAACUUGCCAGAGAGGAUACAUAAGUUGCAUUGAAUUAAAUGUCCAUACAGUACAUCCAUGAAGCAAUACAUGUUUAUGUAGCAGACUGCAGUAGGCUACUUACAUAUGGCACCACUCAGAACUCGUUCAGCUGGUUAUUGUUAAUGUAACACUGUUUUGUUUCGUGAUGACUCCAUACCCAUUUACUUUAAAUGCAGUUGUGAUUUUUUUACUGUAGAGGGCAGCACGAAAGCUACCAUGAAUGCCUCAUUGAUAUCAUUGCUACGCCAUCAUUUGACAUUGACAGAUAAAGACUACAGUAAACACAA